AAUGCAUAAAAUUCAAUAAAAUAUAUACACAUAUUUAAACAAAUAACUGAAUAAUUUUUUUUUUUUUUAGAAGUUUCAAAAUGGAUAGAAAUUGGAUGAGUGCGAAUAGAUUAUCAACGGAGUAUAGUGAAGGAGUUGACCAUUUCUUGGACUUUUGUCAGAAGAAUGCUAAAAAUACUAAAUUGGUUCUUUGUCCUUGUCUUAAAUGUGGUAACAUGGAGCGUGUGGACAUUGCUAGUAUAAAGGAGCAUUUAUUUAGGAACGGAAUAGACAAGAGUUAUAAGGUUUGGGUUUACCACAGGGAAAAGAAUAGAGUUCCGGGCGAGGGAACGUCUAAGUCUCUAAAACAGCCUCUAAAGAUUUACUCGGUCCUCCAACACAGCCUCUAAAACACCCUGGGAGGCCGAGUAAGGCAAAAGUUAAUACAAAGUAUGCCCAACCACGCCAAACUUCUUCCAUUAUUGCAUUUUGGAACUUCGUCAAAAGAUGGCCCAAGUCAUCCAUGCUCCAAUUCCAAGUCCAGAAUGAGCUAUUUGGGGUCGCAGAUGACUCUAUUUGGCUUGCUAAGAGUGACAUUCAAGAAUUGUGCACCAUGCAAUACUUGGGAGCCCAACAAAUAGGAGUUUGGUGCAAUUAUGAUUUAUAACUCUUAAUAAUAAACUCGCCAAUGUUCAUUUGACAGCAACAGUUAUUAAUUAUGACAUUUUAUCAGGUACCUUAAAGAAAGACUGUUGGACAUGGGUGGGUUGAAUCGAGUCUAUGAAUUUUUAAAUCCGGGUGCGAUUGCCACUGAUGCAGGGGAUAAGAGUAAUCGUUGCCAAGCACUAGUCGCUCGAAUGACUAGGAUGACUAAUUCAGAGAAAUGGCUUAUUGCCCCAUAUAAUAAUAGGAAGAUGUUUCACUGGAUGCUUGUAGUCAUCCAGCCAAGUACGCAGACGGUGGCGUACUUGGAUUCAGGCAACGACGACAUCCCGGAUGAUUUGAACUUUAUUAUAUCCACAUCGUUCACAAUGUAUAACCGAAUGGUACGACGACCUGAUCGACCUACCCAGUGGAUGAAUCCUAUUUGUCCUCAACAACCUGAUGACAAACAGUGUGGAUACUACGUCAUGAAAUUCAUUGAAAGUUUCAUGGUCGUAGAAGAUCCAAUACAAUUGUUGACCCGACAAGAUAGGUUCUCCACUCCGUACACGAAUGAUGAGAUAAAUAUUAUGCGUGAUGGGUGGAUUCAUUAUGUGAAAGCGGAAGCGGAGCGACAACAAUUACCGUGUUAGACAGUGUGUAUACAUAUACAUAUAUAGAUGAUAUUAAUUAGCGUUAGUUCAAUUAUUGUGACUAUACAAAAUUUUAAAUAUAUUUAGACGUUAGUUUAAUUGUUGUCACUAUGCAGAUUUUUACAAAAUUUAAAAAUUAAUGCAGGGAAAAAAAUUGCAGAAAAUUUGUUUUUUUUUCCUAUUUUUCAAAUGUACCGACCGAAAAAAACCGUCGCUAAAAAAAUUCAAAAACGAAACCAGCAUAUA